AUGGAAGUGGAAUUUGGAGCCGUCGGACCACAUCCAUCCUCCUUCCUUGUGGAGAUCAGAGAGUCCAAUCCAGGUCGGUGCCUGAGCAGGAUCAAAGCUCUGAAUCAGGGCGUUGACAAAUUCAUGCUCUUCCAGACUGUGGAUGGACACCAGACAGACUUGACCAAUGACAUUAGUCCAUCAGCUCUGACACCCCUCCUAAUAAAUAUAAAACAGGACCCUGAAGUGCAGCUGCAGACCUGCAGCUGUCCCAUAUACUGGUUCAACUACAACAGUCGCUGCUACAAGUACAUCUCCACACCGAUGACCUGGGCUGAUGCAGAGCUGCACUGUGUGUCACUGAACGCAAACCUGGUGUCCAUUCACAGUCUGGAGGAACACACAUUUGUAAAUUCCCUGAUCAAGAGCUUUGAUCCUGCUCAGGCA